GGUUACUCGCCGGGCUGGAGGUGGGGGCCGGUCUCCCACUGGGUUUGUGCGUUUUGCGCCCGCCGCAGUGGAGCCGAGCCCGCCGGCUUCUGAUUGUCCUUUGCAGCUGCCCCGGUAGCUGCCUACUUGUCCCCGGGCUUUAGGGGCAAGAGCCAGCGCGUCUCCCUAAGACCACGGUUACCAGAGCAGAAAGGGCUCACACAACAUAUAAAUCCUGGGCGACAGCGUGGCUGCAGGCGGUUGAACUGGAGCUCCCCGUGGCUUUCUGAGGCGUGAGUGUGUGGAGGGUGUUUCCUCACCUGCAGCCUGCAUCAUGCCAGCCCUGUCCACAGGAUCUGCUAGUGACACAGGUCUCUAUGAGCUGUUGGCUGCUCUGCCAGCCCAGCUGCAGCCACAUGUGGAUAGCCAGGAAGACCUGACCUUCCUCUGGGAUAUGUUUGGUGAAAAAAGCCUGCAUUCACUGGUAAAGAUUCAUGAAAAACUUCACUACUAUGAGAAGCAGAGCCCGGUGCCCAUUCUACAUUCUGCGGCAGCCUUGGCCAAUGACCUGGCUGAAGAGCUUCAGAACAAGCCAUUAAACAGUGAGAUCAGAGAGCUGUUGAAACUACUGUCAAAACCCAAUGUGAAGGCUUUGCUCUCUGUACAUGAUACUGUAGCUCAAAAGAAUUAUGAUCCUGUACUGCCUCCUAUGCCUGAUGAUAUUGACGAUGAGGAAGACUCUGUAAAAAUAAUUCGGCUGGUGAAGAAUAGAGAACCACUGGGAGCUACCAUUAAGAAGGAUGAGCAGACCGGGGCGAUUGUUGUGGCUAGAAUCAUGAGAGGAGGAGCUGCAGAUAGGAGUGGUCUUAUUCAUGUUGGUGAUGAACUUAGAGAAGUGAAUGGAAUACCAGUGGAGGAUAAACGGCCUGAGGAGAUAAUACAGAUUCUGGGUCAGUCUCAGGGAGCAAUUACAUUUAAGAUUAUACCCAGCAUCAAAGAAGAGACGCCCUCCAAAGAAGGCAAGAUGUUUAUCAAAGCCCUUUUUGACUACGAUCCUAAUGAGGAUAAGGCAAUUCCAUGUAAGGAAGCUGGGCUUUCUUUCAAAAAGGGAGAUAUUCUUCAGAUUAUGAGCCAAGAUGAUGCAACGUGGUGGCAAGCAAGGCAUGAAGGUGAUGCCAACCCCAGAGCUGGCUUGAUUCCCUCAAAGCAUUUCCAGGAAAGGAGAUUGGCUCUGAGACGAACAGAAAUACUAGUUCAGCCCCUGAAAGUUUCCAACAGGAAAUCAUCUGGUUUUAGAAGAAGUUUUCGUCUUAGCAGAAAAGAUAAGAAAACAAAUAAAUCCAUGUAUGAAUGCAAGAAGAGCGAUCAGUAUGAUACAGCAGACGUACCCACCUAUGAAGAAGUGACACCAUAUCGGCGACAAACCAACGAGAAAUACAGACUUGUUGUCUUGGUUGGUCCUGUAGGAGUGGGUCUGAAUGAACUGAAACGGAAGCUGCUGAUCAGUGAUACACAGCACUAUGGUGUAACAGUGCCCCAUACCACCAGAGCAAGAAGAAGCCAGGAGAGUGAUGGUGUUGAAUAUAUUUUCAUUUCCAAACAUUUGUUUGAGACAGAUGUACAAAAUAACAAGUUUAUUGAAUAUGGUGAAUAUAAGAACAACUACUAUGGCACAAGUAUAGACUCAGUUCGAUCUGUCCUAGCUAAAAACAAAGUUUGUUUGUUGGAUGUUCAGCCUCAUACAGUGAAGCAUUUAAGGACACUAGAAUUUAAACCCUAUGUGAUAUUUAUAAAACCACCAUCAAUAGAGCGUCUGAGAGAGACAAGGAAAAAUGCAAAGAUUAUUUCAAGCAGAGACGACCAGGGUGCUGCAAAGCCCUUUACGGAAGAAGACUUUCAAGAAAUGAUUAAAUCUGCACAGAUAAUGGAAAGUCAAUAUGGUCAUCUUUUUGACAAAAUUAUAAUAAAUGAUGAUCUCACCGUGGCAUUUAAUGAGCUCAAAACAACUUUUGACAAAUUAGAGACAGAUACCCAUUGGAUACCAGUGAGCUGGUUACAUUCAUAAUUCCAGGAAGUUUCCACACUUGUGUGUGUAUGUGUUUUGUUUUUAAUAGAAUGCAUGAUUAAAUCAGUUGCCAUUUUGGUCGUAGAGUUUUUUAAUUAUAUCACUAUCAUAGAUGUAUAAUCUUUGUAAAAAUUGAAUACUGGUUUAGUUUGUAUCUUUUCACGGCCUUAUUUGAAAUACGUGUGACUCUAAAAUCUAAGAAUCCACCUUUGCUCAGUACUAUAUUCUGAGCAAAACUUUGGACCUUCCAGUUCUCUUUAAUAUAUCUCUAUCUGCAAUGGGAGGUUGAAUUUUUUAAAGAGAUAUAGCUAGAGACAAUAUAUAUAGAUGUUCUGUACUUCAGCUGGUCUCAGACGUGGCCACUGCUAUUUAAUCUGUAUGUCCGUAGUUGAAGGUAUUAACUGAACAGUUUCAAGAACCUCUACAGACAUGUCAGCUCUGAAUUUUCAGGUGGUCACCAUGGACUUAACUGGGCUGGCAAUAAGACAUAGUCUUCUUACUACUUUAAGAAUGCAAACUUUUUCUUAUGUCUACAAAAUACGUUCACAGUGUAUACAUUUUAAAAUCUUAGAGGAGUAACAGAAAAUUUACCUUGAGUGAGUGACCUCAUAUUAUAAUUUUAGAGUAGUCCUUACAAGUAUGUAUCAGUGACAUAACACGUAAGAAGGGAAAACAGAGGUUUUUUGUUUGUUUGUUUGUUUUUUUAAUACAGGGGUCUCUCUUUAUAACCCAGGCUGGCCUAGAAUUUA